CACCUGCAAGGAUGGAGUUCUAGUCUCAGCUGCAGAGAUGUUGGUCAGGUCACUCAGCCAUUCUGAGCUCAUGGCCUGACUUGAGAAUGUAGUAAGAAAGCCCUGGGUCUGCCAGUGUCACAGGUGGUUGAGGAUCCAAUGUGAUUGUGUGUGAAGCUCUUUGUAAGUCAAAUUGUCCUGCAGAGGUGACCUAGUGGCAUUUUCAAAUGAUUGAUUCUGUCCAUUUAACUUUGAAGACUUUUCUCCUAGCCUGGGGAAGUAGGAUAUAGAUCAGUUAGUUUGCUUUGUCCCAAUGGAGGGAAGGGAUUAUAGUUAGAUAUGGGUGUAUAUGUGUCUGUAUAUGCGUUUUAUUAUUUGUUUCUUGCAGAAGGAGAGAUUAGACCUGAAAUGAAAGAGACUACUGAAAAGCUAAGCAUUUCUGUGAAAGAGACUCACCAGGAAAGCUUCAUGAGUGAUGGUCCUUGUGACUUCACUGGGAGAGAUAUCUGUGCUGUAUUUCACAGAUUCCACACAGGAGAGCAACCUUAUGAUCAUCAUCAUUGUGGGAAAGACUUGAGUCAACAGUCAUCCCUUACUUACCAUCAAAAAAUUCAUAAUGGAAAGAAACCACAUGAGUGUCAUGAAUGUGGUGAAACUUUUAGUGAACACUCAUCCUGCAGUAUUCAUAGUGACAGGAAACCUCAUGAAUGUAAUGAGUUUGGAAAGGCUUGGAGUUGCAAAUCCAGUGUUGCUGAGCACCAGAGAAUCCACACUGGGGUGAAACCCUAUGAAUGUAAUCAAUGUGGAAAGGCUUUUAAAAGUACCUCUGGACUUUAUGGACAUCAGAGAAUCCACACUAGGGAGAAACCUUAUGAAUGUAAUGCAUGUGGAAAGGUUUUCACACAGAACUCCAAUCUUGCUGCACAUCAGAGAACCCACACUGGUGAGAAACCUUAUGUAUGUAAUCAAUGUGGCAAGGCUCUCUGUUCCAGCUCCAGUCUUGCUGCACACCAGAGAAUCCACACUGGAGAGAAACCUUAUGAAUGUAAUCAAUGUGGAAAGGCUUUCAGACUAAAGUCUGACCUUGCUCUACAUCAGAGAAUUCACACUGGGGAGAAACCUUAUCAAUGUGAUCAAUGUGGAAAGGCUUUCAGAGUGAACUCCCAACUUGCUCAACAUCAAAGAAUCCACACUGGAGAGAAACCUUAUGAAUGUAUUCAAUGUGGAAAGGCUUUUAGAAGUACCUCUGAUCGUUCUGUACAUCAGAAAAUCCAUGCUGGGGAGAAACCUUAUGAAUGUAAUCAAUGUGGAAAGUCUUUCAGAGUGAAAUCCAAACUUGCUCACCAUCAGAGAAUCCACACUGGAGAGAAACCUUAUGAAUGUAAUCAAUGUGGAAAGGCUUUCAGACUAAACUCUGAACUUGCUCUGCAUCAGAGAAUUCACACUGGGGAGAAACCUUAUCAAUGUGACCAAUGUGGAAAGACUUUUACACAGAGCUCAUUUCUUGCUGCACAUAAGAGAAUCCACACUGGGAAGAAACCUUAUCAAUGUGAUCAAUGUGGAAAGGCUUUUACACAGAGCUCAUUUCUUGUUGCACAUCAGAGAAUCCACACUGGGGAGAAACCCUAUAAAUGUAAUCAAUGUGGAAAGGCUUUCAGAGUGAAUUCUAAACUUUCUCAACAUCAGAGAAUCCACACUGGGGUGAAACCCUAUGAAUGUAAUCAAUGUGGAAAAGCUUUCAGAGAGAAUGCCAAACUUGCUCAACAUCAGAGAAUCCACACUGGAGAGAAACCUUAU